ACCCUGUCCUCAGCCAUUCACCACUACACAGUAGAAAAGGUUAACGCGCACCGCGGAGCGAGAAAAUUGUUUCUUUGAAACAUCGAGUUUAUUUUACCUUGUCGAUUUUACAUCCUGGAUUCGACCGAUCCUUUCCCAAUGGAUUUGUUUAUAUUUAAAACUUGUUUUUAGCCCGUGCAAUUUUGUUGCAUUGGGGGGCUGUACACACAAAAGCAACGCAAACUCUUGGUGCGGUGGACAUCGAAGGCCUUGGGACAUUUGGCUCGUUGUGUUGUGCUAUCAUCUUUUUAAAUGUUCGCAAAGGAAAAUAGGUUAAAAAGGAGAACAUCUGGUGUGUUUCUUUUUAAUUAAAGGAAUAUGUUUGCUUCCUGGCUGACUUUUGCACUUCUGGGAACUUUUUGUGCAGGACCAAGCCAUGGAGAGGUGGACACACAGGAGUGCUUGUUCUAUAACAUCAACUAUGAGAUCGAGAAGACCAACCAGAGUGGGGUAGAGCGCUGCGAGGGUGAGAAGGACAAGCGGUCGCACUGCUACGCCUCAUGGCGAAACAACUCGGGUACCAUAGAGCUGGUGAAGAAGGGCUGCUGGCUGGAUGACUUCAACUGCUAUGACAGGCAAGAGUGUGUGGCGACAGAGGAGAAUCCUCAGGUGUUCUUCUGUUGCUGCGAGGGGAACUUCUGCAACGAGAGGUUCACUCACCUGCCUGAUGUCAACGGACCAAUGAUCAAGUCGCCUCCCCCCAUGCCCACACUACUCAAUGUGCUGGUCUACUCACUGCUGCCCAUCACCAUGCUCUCCAUGGCCCUGCUGCUGGCCUUCUGGAUGUACCGCCACCGCAAGCCGCCCUAUGGCCAUGUGGACAUCAAUGAGGAUCCUGGCCUAGUUCUCCCUCCCUCCCCCCUGGUGGGUCUCAAACCCCUGCAGUUGCUGGAGAUUAAGGCCAGGGGGCGCUUCGGCUGUGUGUGGAAGGCCCAGAUGAUGAACGAAUACGUGGCUGUCAAGGUCUUCCCCAUUCAGGAUAAACAGUCGUGGAGGAACGAGCGAGACGUGUUCCUAACACCGGGGAUGAAGCACGUGAACCUGCUGCGCUACAUCGCCGCCGAGAAGCGCGGGACCAACCUGGAGAUGGAGCUGUGGCUCAUCUCUGAGUUCCACCAGAGGGGCUCCCUGACGGACUAUCUGAAAGGAAAUGCAAUCAGCUGGACUGAGCUGUGCCACAUCGCUGAGACCAUGGCCUGCGGGCUGGCCUACCUGCACGAAGACGUGCCUCGCUACAAAGGAGAGGGACCCAAACCGGCCAUUGCUCACAGGGACUUCAAGAGUAAGAACGUGAUGCUGCGGACGGACCUGACGGCCAUCAUCGGGGACUUUGGGCUGGCGGUGCGGUUCGAGCCGGGCAAGCCCCCAGGGGACACUCACGGCCAGGUGGGUACCAGGCGCUACAUGGCGCCGGAGGUCCUGGAAGGUGCCAUCAACUUCCAGCGUGACGCCUUUCUCAGGAUAGACAUGUACGCCAUGGGCCUGGUGCUGUGGGAGCUGGUGUCGCGCUGCAAGGCGGCCGACAGCCCAGUGGAUGAGUACAUGCUGCCGUUUGAGGAGGAGAUCGGCCAGCACCCGUCCCUGGAGGACUUACAGGAGGUGGUGGUCCACAAAAAGAUGAGACCGGUCUUCAAGGACUGCUGGCUCAAACACGCUGGCCUGGAGUCGAUGUGUGAGACGAUAGAGGAGUGCUGGGACCAUGACGCGGAGGCGCGCCUCUCUGCUGGCUGCGUGGAGGAGCGGAUCUCGCAGAUCCGCCGGCUGACCAGCCCCCCUACCUCGGACUGCCUGGUCUCCAUGGUGACCUCUGUCACCAACGUGGACUUGCCACCCAAAGAGUCCAGUAUCUGAGUCUCAACCCGACCACCACCAACCCUCCCAACGCAGAGCGACAAGCAAGCAUACAAAACAACCACCGUCGUCGUCUUCUUCUUAAGCCUCAGCGGAUCUCAGAAAAAAAACAUGAAUGCAGCUGCUAUUUUAUCCUGACAUUUUUUUCUUCUAUUAAUUAUUAUUAUUUUUUAUUUCCGAUCGGAUCACUAUUACCAGCACACUUCUUCGAUACUGUUGUUUUUUUUUAUCAAUAAAGGACAAAAAAAGCUAAAUGGACAUCUCAAAAGCGCAUUCAGGUGCCGACUUAUGAAUGCUGACAAGGUGCAGGUACCUCAGAUGUUUUCAGCUCUCAGUUUCUUUGGGUUUAGUUUAUUCCUCUUUUUCUGUCUUCUGGACAGGAUUGCCUGUGACAGAACCAACCAACUCACCCACCAACCAAGCAACCAUCUACCACGUUGGACAAUACAACAAUGCUGCAAAAACCUUGAAGGAACAUUAAGACUGUUACACACAACUAACCUUCCUCAAGGGAUUUUAGUUUUCAGAAAACGUUUCCUUUCCGACAGCGUGUCCCAUACAAACCUUCGGAACUAACGGGUGUCUCUAGAACACAGGGAAAAGUGGAAAACAACUGGACUCAUUUCUUUUAGGUUUUUUCUGUGUUCAGACUGGUGACUAUGGAUGGGGUUGGCUACAGCAUUCUUAUGAGUGAAUGUUGAAAAGUUCAAAAGGAAAUGGCUUACAUUCAGAGAUUGGACAUCACAUCAUCUGGAUAGUGCAUUUGGUAUGGAACUACUUCUCAGGUAACCAGUCUCAAGGGGCAGGAGAUGUUGAUUUGAGGUGAUAUCGCAACGCGUCCCAUAAAGUAGGGCGAGAGCCACAACCGCCGCCCUUGAGUGAUCGGAGGGGGCAAACUUUAGUGGGAGGGGCUUUUCUGACUUGGUUUAGAGCCUUUUUAUCUGAGAUCAAAAUGGAGUCUAAACACGGAACGUGCCCAAACAACUACAAAAAAAACAAUCGGUGCAAGACCCUGGUGAAGAUAUGUAUGCAUUUUGGGUGUGUGUGUGUGUUUGCGUGUGACUACUUGUGCAGUGAGAGUGACUGAGUGUGUGUGUGUAGCGAAGAGGGAUGGAGAUUAAGACCAUAAAAAGUUUCAGCCGUAAACAUCUGAAAAUGAGUUAAAUGUAUUUUUGUUCCGUUUUUUUCUUCUCCUUUAUUUCAGUCAGUAUAUUGGACAUUGGGAGCUAAGGACCUAGACUCUUCUCCAGAGGCCCAUCCUAGGCCUCAGCAAAAGCCUAUAUCCUUCACUAGUGUUGAGCGGGAGGGAAUACAGUUGAAUCAUCACUGCCUGGUCCCUUUGUUAUUUACCUCUUUCACACAGGGACCAAACUUAGUUUGGACCGGGUAGGUCCUGCAUUGUAGAACCGUUUUCGACAGGGCACUGAGCGUAACAAGCGGUUUAGACUUAACUUCAUUACGAUUAGUUACGCAUUCUCGUUCAUUAGAAGGAAUUUUUUUUACUGAAAACGAACAUGGAACUCUUUUUGUCUUAAAAGUGGCACGCAAGAAACCACAUUUCCGUAUGCCAUAAUGUAACAGUGAAUGUCCACAAUGCUGCUGUUUCAACUCAAAGAUGAUAUAUGUCUGUUCCUUUUUUUCUGUGCAUUACAUGUGCAACUCUCAGUAGUAAAGGAAACAUGCAUAAAACAGCAAAAGUCAUGUCUACCAACGUACAAGGCUUCCGAGGUGAACAAUAACAUCUAGUAGAGAGAAAACAUAAAACGAAACGCAAAAAAAACAAAAAACAUUUAAUGAACCACAGACCACCUCAAACCAGAAAUACCUCAGACUUUUCUAUGUGUAUGAGUUCUGUUAUAUAUUUUGUUAGUUGUGUUGACUUGUAUUAAGUAUAUUUUAAUGUGAGUUUUUUUGGCUUUUAUGAUUAGGGAGUUUUGGAAAAAUAGUGCUACCACAACAUGUUGUAUAAAUGAAAGAAAAUAGUGUAAAUAGCUGUAUACAGUUGUAGAAUUCUCCCAAUAUAUGACACCUAGGCAUUAUUCAUGAUUUGUGCUGGCUCCCCCCAACUCUUUUUUUCCUUCUCCGUUACCUAAAGGGACAUUGAACCUUGUAUUUGGUUUUUCUCCCAAAAAAUGAAUAUUCAACCACCACCACCGUGUCUCACCUGUAAUAUUUUUGCAUAUCCCAUGAUAUACCUUGGGUUUGUCAUUGCUUUUAAAAUGUAUUUUAAUGACUUAUCCCAUUCCUCUAUUAAAAAAAAAGAAGAAAGCAUUUAUACAGAAAAGACUAAUUGAGAACUAUGAGAUACCAUUGAAUUUCCUUAUACAAAGCAACGCAUCUCCAAAUUAGUUUCUCUCUCUCGAUUUAUAGCGUUCUAACUUUUUAAAGCAUAGUCAUAUUUUUAUGAAAUUGUUCUCAAUUGAUGAUUGAUUUGAUAGCGCCUUCGGGGGGGGGGGGGGGUAGUGUCCCUGGAUUCUCAUCCCUUCAUCUCCUUUCCUCACACAUUGACUGACAAGAGACACUGUGGCGGUGGCUUCAGCACCUUAACACUACAUCCUACAGACGAGAGCUUUAAGUUAUUAUUCACGGUGUCAUACGUUCUUUUAAGGUUCUUCAUCGCUUAGCAGCGUUCCACAUGUGUGUAAGUGGAACCAUGUGCGCAGAGUCUUUCAGGGUGUUUUAGGGAUACCCAUGGAGAAGUGAGAGCAUUGAGACACUCAUGGCUUCAAUCUCUUGUCAUCAUGAACCCCAGUGAUUGAUGUGGGCCUGCAGAUCGCUGCGAUCCAGCUGCUUUGAGUAGGAAAACCACAGCUAGCUUUAUUUGAGCUUUUGGGCUGAGGAAACUUUAACAUGUAUUUAGGUCUACUUUUCAAGGAGCUCCACUUUUUCUGUAAUAUUUGCCAAGAUGGCAAGAAAAUAAUUUCUCAUUCUGCCAAGGUAGCACACGCUUGUUUAACACUUUUUAGUGUCUCUGGAUUGACUCCCCACCAUUUUAUCAUUAACCAGGAUGGAGUUAUUCUUGCUUUGAUUUCAAUGCCCUGUUAGCAAAUCAGGGUUAUGUUUGUGUCAAAUGAUCAGGUUAGUGUUUGAUGUCUAUCUUUUCAGGAAGCUUAUUGUAACACAAUAUGGUUUACAGUAUUUCUGCUAUAAAUGUAAUGGGAUCAAGAAAUUGCAAGUUUGGAUAUAAAUGUAGCAAGCAAUAUCUACAGCAAUAGUCCUACGUAUUGUUUCUGGUAUGACAGAAUAACCUCAUAGGUACUGCAAUAGGCCCUUGAGCUAGCGACCAACCAAAACAUCUUGUUCAAGAUGCGCUUUGUUGUCAAGAGGAAGGUUGGUGGGUUUGCUGAUCCCAAGUCAUGGUCGUAAUGCUUGUUGAGUUAUGAUUGGUUUACCUUCUGUUAUAGACCUUUGACCAUGAAAAACAUGUAGCCAAAUUCUUUGCACCUAAGUCUGAAAGAAGGGGAACCAAAGUCUUAAUUUUUUUCUAUAUUUGAGAGAGUUGUAAUGUGUCCCCACUCUCACUUUCUGUUUAUGUGGAACAGCGGAGACAAAAUCUUUCUGUCCUAUGAUCCUUUGAUGAUUUGAGACGCUAGACAAAAUAAUCUGACGUUUUUUCCUUGCUUUGAGAUUUUUGCAACCUUUUCCAGAGUUAAGUGGAUUCAUUUGAUGGGGAGGGAGUGUCAGUGCAGGGAGUAAGGUCUACAAAGUGAGUUGUUAGACUUCCAAAUUGAAAGCUCUAAAGUUUCUUUCCAAGUAGUGGCCCGUUGCACUCUCAGCAUUACAUAUGCCGUGCGGUCUUAAGGGUUUAAUUCUUUAAAAAAUGUUGGGGUCACUUAUGAUGAAUUAUGCAAUACCAAUCGGUGGUUUUAAAGUUUUAGCCACAAUGGGAAAGGCAAGUAUUACUCUGGUCUUUCAUCAUUGUCUGGGUUUUUACUCUGGUGCCAUUUUAAUGAUUCUACCGUCACUCUAGUUUAGUCUUUUAUCUGAGAGCAGGACUUAACACAUCUUUCCAAAUGAAUAUUUUAGCUUUAGUGCAUUGGACAUAGGGUAAAAUCAGUGAUCUAUUAUUACCAAUACUCACAUUUGGGUUCAUGAUGACAAAGCUGAAGUCUUGGAAUACAAACAGCAUGUAAUAUCAGUAACAUUGCUAUUGCUGGAGCUUUGGACUAAAAUCCUGAGGUGUUCUGAUGUUGUGCCUUUUAUUUUCCUCAUCGUCGUUGCUGAAGCCACUGCUGCGGCGCCCCUCUUUGUUUAUUUGUUAUUAGUACCUGACAAAAAAAUGCUAUAUAUAUAUAUAUAUAUAUAUAUAAUCUAAUAUAAAAAUCUUAAAAAGUGACCAGCUGUAAUUCUGGAUGCAGUCUUAGAUCCAGGUUGUUCAGGAACCAAUUACCUCAGACCUCACGUGAAACAGUGUUGCUAGCUGGAUAGUCGUCAAUACUACAGAAAAAUGAUGUACACUUUCGUCAUACCAACAGGAAACCUCGUUUGUACUGGUGUAACAUGUAUGAUCCACCCCUUGACAAUGUGAAAACGCUCUUCCUUUCCGAGCUUCUCGCCUCUAGUUUUCAACAGCAAAGAAAUUGUAUUGUAUGGAAAACCAUGUUCAAGUGCUUCCUAUGCUACUUUCACAACUGAAAUUGUUAGUGUACACUGGUUUGACAGCUCACUCUGUCAUCUGACAGAACUGAAGAAGAAAAAAACAUUAAAUUGGCUGAGAUUUCAUUAUAGUCCUGUCUAGCUCACUAAAAAAGCCCUAACAACACUAAUUACCAUUGUACCCUUAGAUUGGUCAUCAAUCCCUCUUAGACGUCUACUUCUUUUUACUUUACCCAACUCUCUAUGAGCAUCUUUUAGUGUUAUUACGUUACUUAUUUACUGUGCAUGGACAGUCACUCAGGCCAUGUGAACGUUACCUCGUUUUCCAAGAGAUCAGUGUUCAGGUCUUGUGUCAAACAGCAGCAGCGAGCUGUGAGCCCGGGCAAUCGACUUACCCUCAAGUAUUAAGACCUUCCCCAGCAGGGGAGAACUAUUGAUUCUAAAUGCCAAUGACUAAACGCUAAGAACGUCCAAUAUAUUUGUAGCCUCUGGGUUAGUAGAGCUUGCUACUCUAUGCUUUAAAAAGCCACUUCCAUACAGUGCCAGCUUCUUUCGCUCCUUUAAAACCAGGUGGAAUUGCUGUUGGUAAACAAUGUCAAUGUGGAUUUUUUUUUCUUUUCUCACUCAUAAGAGCUCAUCAGUGGCUCUUUGCACAUGGAAGUGUUCAAACAAAUCUGAAAAACUAUUCCACUGCAAAGGCCUGAUUCACAAUGUCUUUCUUCCAAGACCCACCAAAACAAGGGUGCAGGAUUCGGCAAACGGGUCAAGGGGGGUUUCUUGUUUUGUCAAGGGGUCUUAUUUAAAAGUGAUGUUUCUAUACCAGGAUACGUGAAAUGUAAAUGUUGUAGGUUAUGUUUCACUAUUGUAGCUAAAUUGUAGAACAGAGAUGGCUUGUACUACUGAUUUUAACAUAAAUAUACUCAAAAUAAAUCUGUAUAAGAUAAAAUGUAUACGGAGAGUUGAGAUUGUUGCUGUAACCCCUCUUUUGGAUUGAAGAAUAUGUUUAAAAGUUUUAUGUAUAUGAAAUGCCCUGGAAAAAUCCAACAUCCAUUGUAUUGCCGUAAUGACAUGAGGACUUUUUGAACGAUCAGUGUAACAUAGUUCUUUAAUUUGCAGUGGAUCAUUGUUCCUUUUUACUGUGGUAAUUUUAGAACUCAUUAUCCAAGUAGAUUUGCCUAGUUGUUGGGGUGUGGUUGUUUCUACUCUGCACUUGGUGCCAGAAUAAACCAGUAUGAAUGUAGUAUUUGCCCAGUGUGAAACAACUACACCCUGACUGUUAGAGAAAAAAUACUAGAAUGGAUUAUUUCAAUUGUAUCUUUUUGUAUAUGAAAGUAAACAAUAAAGUACUGUUAAAGCA